AUGGCGGACCAAGAUGAUCGACUGCAUACGGUGACUCCAACUUCAGGAUGUGAGAUUUGUUUUGGAACGUUGGCUACCAACCCCGGGCUCUGUGAAAGGUGUCAGGCGUGGAAUGACGCAAAGCACAUAUUCCAGUGCAUGAACUGCACCUUUUAUCGCAGGAAAUAUAUCCCUGUAAACGACGUCCUACGCGCUCGAGCAUGCCUAGUCUGCGGAGCUAUUGGUUCGGCCAUUGGCGAGAAGAUGCACCUCACUCCCUUCAGCACUUCCUCCAGUAAACCGGAGUGGCAGGUCUCCAUCGCAUGGCCCUUCACGCUGAGGCAGUACGAUUGGUGGCUACCUGGAUCGGAACUUGUCGACUUUGCCACUGGGAAUGGGUGCGAGUACGCCAUCAAAUGUAUCGUGUAUUUGCAGAUCCAUCAGGAUCCAGAGGCCUUCGAGCGAGAGGCGGCGAAACCCCAGCGUUUUCGUGGGUUACCAUCACCUACUAUCAGCGUCAGAAUUCAACUCUUCUAUCAGCGCUACACGACCAAUUUAACCAGGGUCGAGCGGUGGGAAGACUCCCCGUUCAUCGACAUCCAGCUCGUAAAGGACUGGGUAUCGACCUGCGAGCACGAACAUGGAGAGAAAUGCAAUGGCGCUAGUAGCCCGACACCUUCACCGGCCCGACCCACGGAUUUCAGGGUUGUUGACGUUCGCCGCUUCUGUAUUUCCACACUUCCGGAAUCCUCGCGAUAUGUUGCGCUCAGCUACACGUGGAAAAGGUCGACCGAUGAAAGACCGCUACAACUUGAGCAAGCCAACGUUGACCGAUUGCAGGCGGACGAUGCGCUAAGGAGCCACCCUUUACCUGCUGUUAUCGUGGACGCAAUACGGUUGUGCGCUGAUCUUGGAGAGCGCUAUCUUUGGAUCGAUAGAUUGUGUAUUGUCCAAGAUGACCCGGUGUCAAAGCAUACACAGAUUGUAGCAAUGGAUAAUAUAUACAACAUGGCUUAUGUCACAAUAGUUGCCGCCAUUCAGGGACCGGAUGUCGUCGGACUCCCUGGCGUUAGAGAUCGUCCAAGGCAAUCACUAUCCUACAAUUGCAGUCGACGCUUCGACCUCGAGAGACGUUGUACUUUCGCCGAUUUCAUCUCGACUGUAGAGGCGUCUGCCUGGAACACUCGAGGCUGGACAUUCCAGGAGCGGCUGUUGUCACGCAGAUGCCUCUGUAUCACAGACUACCAAGUGUACUUCGUCUGUGGUCAGGACACUCUCGCGGAGGAGGGUGACGUUGGCGAUUCCGCAAUUCAUCCCGUUCAUAUCAAGUCUCCACAUCUGGCGGCCGGAGUUGUUGUGAUCUCGCUUGAGGAUUAUUUUGCAUGUGUCAGUAACUAUACCGCGAGGUCGUUAUCCUACAAGACAGAUAUCCUGAAUGCCUUCUAUGGGGUCGGUAAUGUCCUCUCUAGACUGCUAGGAAAUACGCGCAUGUCGUUCGGUCUACCGGAGCGGUAUUUUGUGCAGUCGCUGCUCUGGAGCCAGAGUUGUCGAUUUGAGUUGAGAGACGGAUGCUCAGAGAUUCCCAGCUGGAGCUGGGCCGCGUGGUUAGGAAAAGUGCAGUUCCACUCUACCACUGGCUCCUUUCAUAAAUGGGACACGGAAAUCGGAACGAUGGUGAAGUAUUACAUACAGGAUGGCACAGCGCAAAACAGCCAGCUGCGAGCGCUGGACACGGAGGACGUGUGGUUUGGUACUGCGGUGGACUUCAGCAGAUUUGGAGAGCGUUCGAGUUUACCGAAAAUACGAGGGAUGAAAAGUUUGCCGGGACACUCACGGUCAACGCGUACAUGGGCCAAGUGCCCACACAACCCAUGGACGGCGCUUUCCAAACAAGUUCUUGACCCCGAAUCGUGUGCUCUUUCGGAAAAAUAUCCUGGCUGCCUCGUGUUCAACACAACAGUUGCAUCUUUGUUCCUAAGCCCUAGAACGGCACCUAAUGCUGGGAGCGUUCGCCUUCCGUUUGGGGACGAGAAGAAUGAGAAUGUUCUGGUCAUGCUGGACCUCCUCGACAAGCACCUUAAUAUUAUCGGCUACAUGGGAACGGACAAGCGGUGGCUAGACAGGGAAAUUGACAUAAAAAAUCCAUACGAGUUUAUCGUGCUUUGCGCAGCUAUCAUGCCAUUGGCUCCAAGGAAAUAUUUGGUGUUUAGUGCGCGCAAUGGCUUACGCAACGAAUUACACGGUCUCCGUGCGGUUGAAGAGAUCACACCCUGGCGACUACGCGUUAUGCUAAUCGAACGUCAUGGAGGCGUUGCUCGCCGGCUAGGUAUCGGUUCUGUUGAAACAAAUUUGUGGAAACAAGCCGAGCCAACGUGGCAAACAAUUGUUCUCUUCUAG